UACUUGAGCACGCGGCCCGCGCACGUCUCUCGGACCCAGGUAAUUAACGAGAAGACCGCGAAUGGACUGGACGAUGUAUGUAUAUUCGGCCAGUACCCAGUUAGUGUUAUCAAACUCAGUGAUGUGUGUAAUCGCAGCGAGUGCUCAGUGCAGCAGCGGCUCCGGUCGAGUUGCGACAGGAUGAUGCCGAUAGAGCAAUUGUUGGUAAUAGUCAACCGGCAUCUCGGUCUUGACACCUAUACCGACGAACUACAGACUCCAAAGAAAUGGGCAAUAUAUGAAUCCCCAUUAGGAGGGCGUGGACUCGUAGCGACAGAAGAUAUCAAAGCCGGUGAAGUAAUAUUUGUCGAUCAUCCGCUCGUCUACGGCCCACGAUCUGGAGCUAACGUCCAACGAGGCUGCACUGUCUGUAGGAAAAUUGUUAGCGAGACGUUCUUUAAGUGUUCACAGUGUGCCUUGUUAUUAUGUUCAGAAGAGUGUCAAAACAGUGAUGUGCAUUUCAGUGACUGUAAUAUAAUUUCCUGUUGGCCUAACAAAGUGCCGAUUGAGGACGUUGAUGACACACUAUUGUCCCGCGCGCUAACGGCAAUACGAGCAUUGUUAUUAAACGAAGAUCAAAGAAAUCUGCUAACUUCGCUUCAAGCACACGUUUUACCACAGCAUGGAAGCGAAAUUAAAAGUUUAAAGGAAUAUUUUGAUAUACCAUCACAAGUGGAACAAUAUAUGAUUUUUGUUUCAUGCGUACUGGACGCUAAUGCAUUUCAAAUGGCAACUCCUUAUGGGAAAAAGGAGAUGAGUUUACGAGGUUUAUACCCUGUUUCGUCUAUAAUGAAUCACAAUUGUGUAUCAAAUACGAGGCAUACUUUUAACUUCGAUUCGCAGAUGACUGUGAAAGCUGUGAAACCAAUAAGAAACGGUGCUGAAAUAUUCACGUGCUAUUCGGGUAUGCUGUGGGGCACGCCUGCCAGAAGACUUCACCUUUAUAAAACCAAGCAUUUUUUUUGCAAAUGUGAUCGAUGUGCUGAUCCUACCGAACGUGGUACCCUCUUAGCCGCUCUGAAAUGUUUCUCCACUGAAUGUCCAGGAUCUUUGUUACCUCUGCAACCAUUAAAAACUAACACCGCUUGGCGAUGUCUGGACUGCGGCCUCAGAGUGCCAAGUAGUAACAUUUGUGCUGUACAAAGUGCUCUUGGAAGCCUGGUGGGGUCUUUAGACUUCGAAAAUGUUGCUGCAUUGGAAAACUACUUCUUAAAUAGAAUCACAAAAUAUAUUCCAAAAACUAAUCAAAUCGUUGUUGAUCUGCAAUGUAGACUUAUUUGGGUGCUAGGUGAAGCCGAAGGGUUCCGGUGGGAUGAGCUGUCGGAGAGUCGCCUGGAGCUGAAAGAGAGGCUGUGCCGCGGCACGCUGCGCACGGUGGCGGCGCUGGGCGCGGGCGACGCGCACCUGCGCGGCCUGCUGCUGUAUCACCUGCACGCCGCGCUGGCAGAACGCGCACGCCGCUGCCCAGACCUGUAUGAGGAACUGAAGUCAGAAAUUGAGAAUACUAUAGAACAAGCCUAUAACAUUCUCCAGGGCGACCUAUCUGCGCCCCCUGACCUUGAACUCAGGCGGCAGUAUCUUGGACCUGGCUGUGACAAGCCUCAUGAAGAGAGGUUCUUCAUCCUUGACACUACAGACAGAUUUUUACAUUUAAACUAAGUAAAGUGAAAGGCAGUUGCUAACACUUUAUACCUACAGCCAAAAAGAUCUCCUUUUUGGCUGUAUAAAGUGUAAGUACUUGUUAGGUAUCAUUAUUUUUGUCUAUAUAGUAUAAAUUAAGGUAUUGAUUAGAUAUAAGUUAUAGAUUACUUUAAAAAAUUGCG